AUGUCCGAAGCGGAGACGAGAAGAGAUUUUUGUUCAGCUAGGGUGUAUCCAUCGAAGCUUGGCGUACUGGCUAGGGUGCGCUAUGGAGACUGGCGGGCUGGUUGUACGACUCGGAUCGCGGGGGGAACUUGCGGCGCCGCUCUCUGCAUGCCCGCUCACAUUUUCUCUGCUGCGCUUGCAAGGCACAGCUCACAUCCCUGCUUCCUUCGCGCCAUACAAAUACAUGGUGUCUACUGA